ACGUUCACCGCUGGGUAGGAAUUGUCAUCAACACGGUCGUGGUCAAAAGUUGCAUUUCCAUCCGUCAUACGGUUGUUGGGUCCUUACAGUGGAAUCAACAUCCAUUUCAGACAACCGCAGAUCCAAAGACAUUUGUUGGGAGGGACAUGAUGGCCAGCUCAGCUCGGCGUCUGGGUCAGUUGGCCGUUCAGACGCGCCUCUCAUCGGCACUCCGACCAUUGGUCAAUCCGUGGAUAUGUCGCCGCUGUAUCUACAAAACUUCGAUUGGCACGAGCCGAUGGGCUUCUUCCACAACGAGCUCUGCUUCCCCGUCAGGUGGUGAAGCCAAGUCUGCGAGCCCAUCCUAUCCUUUUCUGGAUACCUUCCCACGCCGUCAUGUUGGACCGGAUGAGGCUGAUACGGUCAAAAUGCUCGCCGCACUUUCCCCGCCUGUCGAGUCUUUAAAUGCCUUCGUCAAGGAGGUCAUCCCCGCCGACAUUCUCUCUAACAAGGAGAUGGAGAUCAAUAAUGGCCAGACUUACACAGAGUCGCAACUGGUCGACAAGUUCAACAGCUUGAAGUACAAGCAAAGCACGGCCACCAGUUUCAUCGGCGCUGGGUACUAUACCAGUAUUACGCCUCCAGUCAUCCAGCGAAACGUCCUUGAGAGCCCUGCUUGGUAUACGAGCUACACGCCAUAUCAGCCUGAGAUCAGCCAGGGCCGUCUGGAGUCUUUGGUCAACUUCCAGACCAUGGUGACAGAUUUGACGGCCUUGCCCAUCUCCAACGCCAGUCUCCUCGACGAGGGUACCGCCGCUGCCGAGGCCAUGACACUAUCGAUGAACGCCCUGCCAUCAUCCCGGGUCAAGCGCCCAGGCAAGACGUUUGUUGUGUCGGACAAACUCCACAGCCAAACCGUAGCAGUUCUGCGUGGUCGUGCGGACGGGUUCGGUAUUCGUGUCCUGGAACUGAACGUCACGAGCGACGAAGCCCGAACCGAGAUCCAGAACUUGGGGGACGACUUGGUGGGCGUCAUGGUCCAGUAUCCCGAUACAUACGGCGGCGUGGAGAAUUUCCGAGAUUUGGCGGCCCUGGUCCACGAGCAGGGCUCGCUCUUGAGCUGCGCCACGGACCUGCUAGCCUUGAGCUUGCUCACACCACCCGGCGAAUGGGGGGCCGACAUUGCCUUUGGCAGCGCCCAGAGGUUUGGCGUGCCGCUGGGAUUCGGUGGCCCACACGCCGCCUUUUUCGCCGUCACAGAGAAGCACAAGCGAAAGAUUCCUGGCAGAUUGGUGGGCCUGUCCAAGGAUCGACUGGGUGGCAAGGCCUACCGACUGGCCCUGCAGACGCGCGAGCAGCAUAUCCGGCGGGAAAAGGCGACGAGCAACGUCUGCACAUCACAAGCCUUGUUGGCUAACAUGAGUGCUCUGUAUGCCAUCUACCACGGCCCCGAGGGCAUUAAAGCUAUAGCAGAGCGCGCCGUGCGUGGCGCUCGCGCCCUUCAGGCCGGCAUAAAGGCUUAUGGAUUUCAGACUUCCGCUUCUGGGGUUGAUGGACAUGUGCUGUUUGAUACGGUAGUGGUCCAGACUCCGGGGACGCUGCAGGAUGCUGUGUUGAGACGGGCCGGCAAGCAACACAUUCUCCUGCGCAGGAUUGGUAAUGACCAAGUCGGUAUUAGCGUUGACGAGGCCACCACCUCCGAGCAUCUAACCGCCAUCUUGGACUGUUUCCGGGAAUUGAAACCGGCGACUUGUACCGAGACGCGGGCGGCGGCUGAGAUCAUGGUGGAAUGUCUAGAGCAGAACUCCGGGUCUGUGACCAUCCCCGACGUGUUCCGCAGAACCUCGAGCUACCUCUCGCAUCCCGUAUUCAACACUCACCAUUCCGAAACUGAGCUAUUACGGUACAUCUACCACCUGCAAUCCAAGGAUCUGUCCCUUGUGCACUCCAUGAUUCCCCUGGGCUCGUGCACUAUGAAGCUCAACGGUACCACCGAGAUGAGUCUGAUCACAGACAGUUAUUUCUCCCAGCUCCAUCCCCAUGCGGCAGACGAAUAUGCCGUGGGGUACACCAAGAUGCUCUCCUGGUUUAAACAACAGCUUGCAACCAUCACCGGCAUGGACGGCGUGUCCGUGCAGCCCAACUCGGGCGCGCAAGGCGAGUUCGCUGGUCUGCGCACCAUUCGUGAAUACCUCAAGGUGCACGGUCAAGGAGACAAGAAGCGCGACAUCUGCCUGAUCCCCGUGUCGGCUCAUGGCACCAAUCCAGCAUCGGCAGCGAUGGCCGGCAUGCGUGUCGUGCCCAUCAAAUGUGACACCAAGACGGGCAACCUGGACUUGGCUGAUCUCGAAGCCAAGUGCAAGCAGUACCAAGACGAGCUUGGCGCCAUCAUGAUUACGUAUCCGAGCACGUUCGGCGUCUUUGAGCCUGGAAUCAAAAAAGUGUGCGCCCUUGUCCACGAACACGGCGGCCAGGUUUACAUGGACGGCGCCAACAUGAACGCCCAGAUCGGACUUUGCUCACCCGGCGAAAUUGGUGCUGACGUCUGCCACCUGAAUUUACAUAAGACCUUCUGUAUUCCCCACGGCGGAGGCGGUCCCGGCGUGGGCCCCAUCUGCGUCAAAGAACAUCUGGUCAAGCACCUGCCAGGGACGGUUGGAGUCGAGGGCGAUGCCCUCCCCGUGAGCAGUGCCAAAUAUGGCAGUGCCAGCAUCAAUCUCAUUAGCUGGGCUUAUAACACACUCAUGGGUGGCCAGGGCUUAACUCACGCGACCAAGAUGACGUUGCUCAACGCCAACUACCUCAUGUCGCGGCUCAAGCCUCAUUAUUCCAUUUUAUACACCAAUCAACACCAGCGCUGCGCCCACGAGUUUAUUCUCGACGUGCGGCCCUUCAAGGAGACGGUGGGCGUCGAGGCCAUCGACAUUGCCAAGCGGUUGCAAGAUUACGGCUUCCACGCACCCACCAUGUCGUGGCCCGUUCCCAACACACUCAUGAUCGAGCCGACCGAGUCCGAAAGCAAAGAGGAGCUCGACCGCUUCGUUGAUGCCCUCGUUUCUAUCCGAGAAGAGAUCCGCGAGGUGGAAGAAGGGAAGCAGCCCCGCGAGCGAAACGUGCUGAAGAUGGCACCGCAUCCGAUCCACGACAUCAUCGAUGGAGACGGCGGUAAUUGGGACCGAAGCUACAGCCGUGAUAAGGCCGCGUACCCGCGGGCUUGGCUGCGCGAGAAGAAGUUCUGGCCUACUGUGGGCAGGGUCGACGAUACCUAUGGCGACAUGAACCUUUUCUGCACAUGCCCGCCUGUCGAGGAUACCACGGGUGAUGCCUAGACGUCGAGACAUGGGCAUUGCAGUUCACGUCGAGGAAAUGGCCCAAGGCGCCUCCACUCACGUGUCAAUACACGUCUGUCAAUACACGUGUAAAUCUAUGGAAAAGGGUGCGAA